AUGUGUCAGGAUGUGUCAGUACAGGUAAGGAUGUGUCAGGAUGUGUCAGUACAGAUCAUCAAUCUUCUGAACGACCUGUACUCUUGUUUCGACGGGAUCAUCGGAAACUACGACGUCUAUAAGGUUGAGACUAUCGGAGAUGGCUACAUGGUUGUCUCAGGAUUGCCAACAAGGAACGGCACGGAGCAUGCGCGGCAGAUUGCCCGGAUGUCUUUGGCUCUGCUCAACGUCAUCUCCAGCUUCACACCCAUUGAGACAUCAGAGGACAGACUCAUGCUCAGGAUUGGACUACACUCAGGUCCCGUGUGUGCCGGUGUAGUGGGUCUCAAGAUGCCCCGCUUCUGUCUGUUCGGGGAUACCGUGAACACAGCCUCACGUAUGGAGACCAACGGCAUGGGUAGGUGUGUGUUGCUCCGGAAGUACGCCCCAGUGCACGGUCUAGGAUAUUCUAACUCCUAUGACCCUCACGUCCGACUUCCACCAUCAUGA